AUGCUUGUGCGAGAACCUUGCAGCGGCAUAAUACAAAGUGCAGGCGCAUACCACUUGGAGGUCUAUAUCGCUACCGCCGUUAGCGGCAAGGCAGACGACUCUCAUGUCGUGCUUGACUGGCGCCCUGAAUGGGCCCGAACUACAUAUGAAACCAAUCUGAAAAAUAUCUCAUCCAAACCAUACGCGCCAUUUAUAUUUGACGAAUGGAUGAUUCACAAGAGCUCGCUGCCCGCGUUUAUUCAGCCGAUUCCCGAGGCUCAUUUGCUCCCAUUGUCUAACAUCAAUCGUCUGCUUGAACCCGGCUAUCUGCCGGUGGAGACGGGAUUUCACUCAGGCUACGCUGCUUAG